UGUUAGUUUUGCUGAUUUUCUGUGAAGAAUAAUAAUCAAUGUUCGCACAGUCGUGGUGUAAAAUUAGUGCUAGAAACAUCGAUUUUUCUUGCCCGCCUCGAACAUCGAUACAGCUUGUGAUGAAACUGGUAAUCGUGAAAGUGGCGUGAUGUUACAGUUUGCUUGAUUGGUUUAGUGAUUAGAGAAGAAACCCCUUAGUGAUAAGUACCAGUACCUAAAGCUCUGGAUGUUCCGCCUUAUCACAAUAGUUGGUGCUUCAUGAAUCAGUAGCUUUUUUCUUGGAGAACGGUAGUGGUUCCCUAUAGCAAUUAGUGCCCACGCACGGGGCACUUUACUGAAAUUAUCGACAAAAAUUCUGGCCGACCGACAGCUGGAAGUGCUUGAAUCUCACAAUUUUCCAUACGGUGUCAUCGUACUAAAACGUAGGAUGAAGAAGCGGACGUCUCCGCCUUCGACGCUGGAAAACUCUCCAGCGCGCACUGGCCAUAACAUGACGACAAUGAAUGAAUUCAAGUUCAUAAACGAGCGGCCUGUGGAUGAUAUUUCACUGGAUUUCUUCUACAAGCCCCACACCAUCACCCUGCUAGCGGUGUCCAUCAUCGGGACUAUGUACUUUGCCUUCGUUCGUGAUCAAUCCGAUAUCCAAGAGAACAUUUGGGCUGGCAUGGUGUGUGUUAUUUUCUUCUUCCUGAUAGUUUCAAUUCUCGCUUUUCCUAACGGUCCUUUCACACGACCCCAUCCGGUGGUGUGGCGUAUGCUGUUCGGUUUAUCCGUCCUAUAUCUCCUGUUUCUACUCUUCCUGAUGUUCCAAGACUAUAAAUCAAUCAUGGGCAUAUUCUACUGGUUCGAUCCUAGGUUACGUAAUUUCAACAUUGAUAUGGACAAGGAAUACGGCGCGAACUGUUCAGAUGUUUCCUUCGAGCGCAUUUGGUCUCACGUGGACGUUUUCGCAUGGGGACAUUUCCUGGGAUGGGCCUUCAAGGCUGUCCUUAUCAGACACAUGGGCAUUCUGUGGGCAAUUUCGGUUAUGUGGGAAAUAACGGAGAUCACCUUCGCUCAUUUGCUACCGAAUUUCGCUGAGUGCUGGUGGGAUGCGCUCAUUCUGGAUGUGCUCGUUUGCAACGGAUUCGGUAUUUGGUGUGGUUUAAAGAUAUGCAAACUGCUCGAAAUGAGAGAGUACAAGUGGGCUAGUAUUAGAGAUAUCUCUUCCACGAAAGGAAAGCUCAAACGAGUUGUACUCCAAUUUACACCAGAAAGCUGGGCCCCUGUUCGUUGGCUGGAUCCAAAAUGUACGUAUAUGAGGUUCUUAGCGGUAUGUCAGCUUGUGUUGUUGUGGCAGCUGACAGAGUUGAACACAUUCUUCCUGAAACAUAUUUUCGAGAUGCCGCCUUCACACCCUAUUGUAAUUGGACGACUGAUGUUCGUGGGUCUCUUUACUGCUCCAUCCGUUCGACAGUACUACAUCUACGUAACUGACACACGAUGCAAACGGUUGGGAACGCAAUGUUGGGUGUACAUUGCUAUUCUAGUCUCGGAAGCAAUUUUAUGCAUAAAAAAUGGAAAGGAGCUGUUUGAACGAACCCAAGUUAAGAACAUCAUCUUUUGGCUAUUUGUCCAAGCUGCUGUUUCUAUGCUGUUCAUAUUCGGUUGUAUGUUGUGGCACAGAUACGUCGACGGUGACGAAUCGCAAGAGGCAUCGCCAGUAAAACAGCUGAGCCGAGAGUUCAAAGAUUCUGCCAUCGUGUCGGGUGAUUCCAAAGGAAAAUCAUCGGCUAAAAACUCUCCUAAAACCACUCCUACCAAAAAAGCAAGAUCUCAGCAUAGUAGUGUUAAAGAGGAUUAAUUUUAGCAUACAUAUUGUGGGAACUACAAAAGUGUGAGAACAUCUGACUGAAUACGUAAACUGUUUUUCUCAGUUCAUAUCGUUUUCCAAAUGCUAUACUGUAACUAUCGAUUUGUCUUCAUCGUAGAAAAAAUAGUAAAAGUAUAGUACCGUUCUUAACUGGGAUUUGACCCUCUGUUGAUGUUAUUAUCAAUUAGUUGCAAACCUAAGGUUCAAAUAGUGGUGAAGAAAACAAUUCCAAAUUUAGGUUUCGGUUUGAAAUAUAGACAGAUUGAAUAGAAUUCAGACUGCACAUAAGUUCAAUAAGUUUAGCUUUUGUGGUUUUGUUAUUAGUUGUUUCAGUUAUACUUUAAGUUGAUGAUGUAAAUUGUUCUCUUUUAGCGUCAAUAUACUCUGAGGUUAUUAGUUAUGACCCAAUUUAGAAAAGUUUUGCAACAAAAACGACGUAUGCCUUGAAAAAUGAAAUUGAAUGUGAUUGACAAAUAACUGGUUUUAAUAGAAUGUCAGUCAGUCUCAACCUAGUGGCACUACAAAAUAAUUUGUAAUGAUGUUCAGGACUCGCAUAGUUUAAUUGCUUCUCCCGAAAUAGACCAACAGAAUGCUUGUUUAAAAAAACUUACAUAUCAUUUUGAGAAUCCACUUGAUCAUGAAGCAAUAGAAUUUGAAAUGUAGUUUAGUUCAUAUUGAAAUCUAUCGGGUUAAUUUUGGAACGUUGGACUGGUGCUUACAUUCAGCACGAUGAGGCAUGGAGUAUAAAUACAUAUUUGCUGAUGCUAAACCUUUCAAAUUCUACAAUUUAUAUGCUGCAGUACAGGCAUAUAAUUAGUUCGCAACAGAUUUCCGGUAGUGUAGAUAGACUAUUUUCGUUCGUCGAUAAAAGUUUCUAGUCAAUAAGGUUCAAGCGAAAGACAGUUGAAUGAUACAUAAUUUUAAGA